AAAAUGGCGGCCGAGGUCAGCGCUUCUUCGCCAGGGGAGCUCGAAGAGGAUUUUCUCGAAGAAAGGCUGUCGAAACCCAUCACUUACUCACCCGAAGUGGAAGAAGCUAUUUCGCAGGUAUUUCUGUUGUAAUUAGGGGUAUUUAUGUCAGGUACACCCAUAUCUUGAGUGCAGACUUCCUUAUUGUAAUACCUGAAAUUACUAUUUUAAAGACGUGGCAAGUGUACGUAUAGAGGGAAUUUCUAUCAAGGAAUAGGAUUAACUGAGCCAUAUUUACAUUGGAAGGUUUCCUAUUUGCAAGUCCUCUUAUCAAAUGAAAUUUGGUAUUUUUAGCAAAGAGACUUUUCGAUGAAAAUCUCAUUAUAGUCAGGACAAAAUCUGGCUGUAAAUCAAUAUAUAUUUAUUUUAAAAAAAUGUAGAACAUUUGCAGACCAGGGUGACUCGCUAAUGAAAUUAUGGUGAAUUUUCAGGAAGAUUGUACCCCAGCUUGUUUCCUUUUACAGACAUCUUGCUUGAGUUUACUUGUUUGUUUCAAAAAUAAUUUACUUAAAAGUGCUCUUGCCCUUUAACUCUCAGAAGUGAUCAGCAUGUAACUUCUCCCUAUGAUAUUCAUACAUUUUACAGCAAACAGGUUAUGAGAAUACACAAAAUUAUCAGGUAGAAGUUUGUUAUCUUGACCUCACACCAAAUUCUCAUUACUAAUUUUAAAGGAAACCUUCAGGAACAAGAGGGGGAAUUAACAAACAGAUCUUGUGUAUUAAAGGGUUGAGAAGCUACCAAGUUACACAAUAAAUGCUGUUUUACAUGAGCUAGCUCUUCAAUUUUUUACAUGCAUAAUCAGUUUUUGUCAUGAACUGCAAGCUAGGAACUAUAGACUUAACAAAGAAUAUAAAACAAAGAUUUUGUCAAUAAGUGUUUUGGUAUGAAACAUGAAACAUUUAUCAAAAUGGGCGGUACACAGUUAGCAUUUGCAUUUGGACAUGAAAGGUGUAAAUUUUUUUCUGGAAGAUUGAUAUUACUCAUUUGAUCAUAAUUAUUACAAUUUUCCCAAAUGUUAUUGGUGCAAAAGCGCUUUAUUUUUCAUUAAUUAUUCUGUAGAUUUGUAAUUGGACAAUGUGAUCUGACAGUUGGCUGUAAUUGUACACCUGUGAUCGGACAAUAAAGGCAGCCAAUCAUACCAAGUCCAUUUAGUCAAAUCCACCAAUCACAAAAUUGAUAGCAAGAACCAUAGCAACAAUCACUUAUCCUAAAAGGACAGGGAAUUUAGAAAAUUGAGGAAUUUCUUACUUUAGAUCAUGGCUUUACUGGAGAUAUUUUCUUAAAUAAAUGUGUUUUUUUUAAAAUUUUACUGGUUAUGGUUACUUGGUAACUGGACUUCACUUCAUCCAAUUUGUAAUCACUGGUAUGAUUAUAGACUGAAUUAGACUCCACUUGGUCCUAUUGCCAUUAUUUCUUGAAAAGUAUUUUGAGGUGUUAUGAAAUAAGUUAGAUACAACAAGUGUCUAGGCUUUUGGCCAAAAACUUAUCAUUUUUACAAUGGGAAACCCAUUAAGAAUUGAAUUUUUCUUUAUAAAAGCAAUACACCAUAAUUUUUAUUGGUUUACCUGUGUAACAGUCUACUUCCUGCACCUCAAGCAACUCUUUCACUCCUCUCAUGCUCUCAAAAUGUUCUGCAUGCUUUAUAUCCCCAUAAACUUAUACUGAUGUAUAAACCAAUUGUUGAUACUAUUGAUAAUAAUAAUAAUAAUAAUAAUAAUAAUAAUAAUAAUGAUAAUAAUAAAAAUGAUGCUGAUAAUAGGAGUGAAGCAGUGGACAUUUUUUGUAUGAAUAUAUGAAAAUGAUAACAGUCUUUAUUACACCCAUUUUGAAAUCACUGGUGGCCCCUGUAAUCUGAUUGGCUCUAAUUGGUGCGAUUUAUUUGUGAAUCGCACCAUUUUUUGCUUUAAAUUGCAUCUUUUUCCCAGCCAAUGAGGAGGCUACACUAAAAACAAAACAAUCAAUCAGAUUUCAAGACUUGUUUAAAGUAACCAAUCAAAUUGCAGGAAAAUGAAAAACAACAAGUAUCAUGUGGCAAAUUUUGCAUUUAUUGUUUCCAAACUCUUAUUUUUUUUCCCCAAAAAAAUGGAUGAAUUUAAUUUCAAACCAGCUUAGUACUGCAUCAAUAAAAUAUUUGAACUAACCAAUUCCUGUAUUUUGGCGAUUUCAAAAUGGAUGUAAUAAAGUGGUAAUUGAACCUUGUGUCGUGCAAUUUUGGUCUGAAAUCAUACUUGUGAUUUCAAAUCAAACUCACGCUGCAUGCUCGUUCAAUUUUCAAAUCACACAUAUGAUUUCAGCCCAAAUUGUACUCCACUCAGUUCAAUUACCAUUAUUACUUAGAUUUUCUGUCUCUUUUUUGGUUAGGUGUUUAAGAGUGAUGAUCCCCUUGACAGUAAAGAUUUUAACCCAGUCGAUUAUAUAAACUCAGUUUUUCCAACUGAACAGGUUUGUUAUUGCUGUCUUUAACAUCCUAGAUAGAUGUUCAGUGUAGUUUCUUUUAUUAAUAGUGAUGAUUCUUUAUAGUUCAUAAAGGUCCAGGUAAAUCUGGAAAGUCCUGGAAAAAGACAAAGGGUUUUGGAAAGCAAUCAAGCAAUUAUGUUUUCAGAAUUUACAUCACAUGAAAUGUAUGUAGACUGUUUGGAGAAUUUAUUUCAAAAUCUUGGCAAUGAAAGGGUUUAAGGUGAAAUUUGGAUUCUUGGAAGUGCUGGAAAUGUCCUCAAAAUUUGUUUCUGAAAAAGGGUAUACAUGUAGUGUUAAUCAAGUUUUGUGUAGUAUUAAUUUUAUUUUUCAUUCUAGUCCCUUGCCAAUAUAGAUGAUGUUGUUAAUAAGAUGAGACUAAGAAUCAGGUAGGGCCACAUGAAAAGCUCAGGGUACUUUUGAAUGUUUAUUAUUUGCAAAUGCUGCACAAACUUUCUUAUAUUUUGUAUUGUUGUGGAUUUGGUUUGGUUUAAGGAACACGACUCUGAAAUUUUAUUGAUUGAUGUGGGUUGUUGAUUGGAUUGGAUUCAAUAAGAUACAUACCAUCUAACCCUUUCACACCCUUGAAUGAGUGAAUUUCUACAUAGCUGCCAGUCACAAGUUGCAAAAUUGGUGACUUGCAUCGGAAAUUUGGCGGCCACUGUUUGUUUCUCCUUGUGAAGGGGUCAACCAAACUUGUUGCAACUUGGAAUGCUAAUGCUAUUCACAAUGUUCUUGUGUAUAGAGAGUUAAUGUAAUGAUUUUGUCUUCUGUAAUCGUUAAGUUUAUGAAUAUGAGUUUGUGAUUAUCAGGGGUCUUGAUGAAGAAAUUAGAACAGUUGUCCGAGGACAGACUAACAUUGGCCAUGAAGGAAGACAAGUAAGAAACAGUAAUAUUUAGAUCUACAGAUGAUAUUAAUCAACCAAGAUUCCUUAUAUGAUCUGAUUGGUUUGAAUUGUGUUGGUAAAUGGUAUAUGUACCAGUCAAUUCAAAGUUGCUUAUUGACUUGAAAGUUUCUCUGAAUUCGCCUAACAAUUUCUCAAAUGUUUUUUAAUGCCUCAAAACUAGACUUAGCCUUCAUCCUCCAAGCUCUUCAGAACCAAAUAUUGAAAAUAAAGGAUUGAAUUUAAAGCACCUUCCUCGUACAUUUGAGCAGUGCCAUAUUUUGUAAAUUUACCAACCCUUGUAGGUGUUACAUGGUAACAAAGUGACUAGGGUCUAAGUUUUCACUGAGGGCUCACAUCUGAACCAAACAUUAGGCUCAUGAGAAUGAAAGACUUGAUCACAAAGAGAGAGUUAAAGGAAUAGAAUCUUUGUAGUUAUAUACCUCUUUUGUUACACACCUGAGAGGCUGGGAGGUUAUGUAAAACAGUUUGUGAAUAAUUUGCCUUUGGCUUGCUAUGGAAGAGCUUUUUUUUUUUUACCUUAUGGAUAUCCCAUGUAGGUAAUAGGGACUUUAAGCAGCUGGGAGAGCAACAUCAAGGAAGAUGUUGAUCAAGGAGAUGAAUUUAUAUUUUUACAUGUAGUUAGAAUUUCGCAAAUGGCUAGACAUAUUUGCUGUCUCGUACAUCACUACACCUCUUUUUUUCAAAAUGGAAUUUUAAAUAAUUUGCGGUCUGGGGCUUCCGUUCUCAGACAGUGUAAAUUUUGUAUUAUAAUUGUUUUGUAGAGGACAGCUGGUAAAUAUAAAAAUUUUAAAAUGCAAAUGCUAAGCUAUUGUUGUGCUCGCAAGAUCUUUUCUUUUGCCACAUCCUUGGUGCUGUUGUCGUUGAUUUGCUUAAGGUCUCUUAUCACAGAUGAGAAUGAGGUAUCACUGAGUAAAGCUUUGCAUUAUCAAAAGAGUACACCCAUUUCUUUAUGCUACUGAUGCUGUGUAAAUCAACCAUCCUUUAAAAGGUACAAAUGCGAAAGAAAGCGAAAUGAUCAUCAAUUAUGCCAUGUGAUUGGUGGCAUAAAGUCAUUUAGUUGACUUCAUGAAAAUUACAUGUGGAAGAUCGUCAGAGUAGUUCAGAAUGUUUUGUCCUUGCAUAUGAUAAUUAUUAGAGAACACAAUUUGCUUACAGCUGAGUGAUUUCCACAAAUUAAUAUGUGUCCUUUACUGUUACAUAUUUUUGUGGGAACUUAACUUGGCAAAAAUGGAAUGAACAUGUUUUGUGGCAAUUUGUAUUUGCGAUUUGGCUACGAAUGUGUCUUAAAAGGAACUAAAUUGUGUGAAAAUUGUCAAAACACUGAUCUGCAUUAACAGACAGGUAGUCUCAAAAUGACCACAAUGGAUAUGAAUUUUCCAUAACAAUAAUUUCCAAUGGCAGUGAACAAAACCGUAUCAUUAUUAUUAUACUGAUAGGAAAGGAUUGUUUGAAAACUAGGCAUGGUGUAUCUUACAAGAACUGCAGCAAGAUGUUGAGUUUGAUUUAGAGGAAGGAUUUAGAAGCUGAAAUUGAAAUUUAAAAAAGACAUGGACAAGAUGAUGAUGUAAUAAACUGAUAUUGACAUUGGUUAAAGAAACAAACAGCAGGGAGCAAACUUUGUAUGAUUAAUUUUUUGCGAAAACCUUUUACGUGGGUCUUUAAUGUCAUGAUUUUGACAACUGCAAAAAUUAAGUCCUGUGAAAAUAAAGUAGCAAUAAGGUAUUGGAAGAUGAAUUGAAACCGCUCCACAAAUUUUUCAACUUUUUACUUGCUUGGAUUUGGAGUCCUCUUUUUGACAAUAAAGCUGCCAAUUUACUCGAAUUAUGCAUAUCAGUCACCGAAGCCGUUCAAAAUGCCAACCACAUUUUUAAUUGCAUGACAUAACUCACACCCCUUAAUUACUUGUUCAGCAACCUUUGACAGGAUAUUUUUUUUCUUAUACCAGGCACUUGAUGAAGCUCAACAAGCAAUUCAACAGUUGUUUGCAAAAAUAAUCGACAUCAAAGAAAAAGCUGAUAAAUCAGAACAAAUGGUGAGCUGAUCAUUAUCUUCCUCCACCUCCCCCUCCGCCCCUGCAUAUCAUAUUAUACAUUGUAGUGCCAAAUGGAGUGAUUUCCACUUUGCCAGCCAAGUCUUUGUAUUGUACUCUUGUGUGAGUACUAUUUGGUUCAGUUAGAGACAAAUAUGUGUAACAAGUGUAGGGUAAAGAAUUUAGGAGAAUUGGUUGUUCUGUUUGAAGAACAGCUGCAGUAUUUACUCUAUGUUGGUGUUUUACUAUUUAAUUGUACAAGAGUCUUAUUAAAGAAUCAAAAGAAGAGAGACUGAUGUUAAUUUUGUUAGUAUGGUAUCUUAUCCUUUGUUGUAUCUAUCACAACCUAAAUUUCCAAGUUAGUAAGCAAGUAAAACUUUAUUUAGACAGGGUAGCCCAUUCAGCUCAAAGGCUGGUAUUCAUAGGAGCCUUGUAUCAAAAUACAAAUAUGAUUACAUUAUAUUAAAACUAACAAUACAUUUAAAAUUUAAUAUCUGUCAAGUUACUAGAAGGAUAUCUAAAAAUUGAAACUGCAUAAAAGGCUGUUUUGCUCGGUGUGUCAAUGUCGUUUAACUAAAGCAAAAACCAAACUUGGCAUUAUAAAUUUGUAUUUCAUUGUCUUUGUGUUCAUGUUCCUAUCCCUGAAUGCUAUCAUUGAUGAUACUUUAAAAAUGUACAUAGCUACAACUUUGCCAUAAAAUGACUGUUUUUUAGGUGAAAGAAAUCACAAGAGAUAUCAAGCAGCUAGAUCAUGCAAAGCGACAUUUGACAAGCUCCAUUACCACUCUUAAUCAUCUCCAUAUGCUUGUUGGUGGAGUUGACUCUCUUGUGUAAGUUAAUUUGAUUUGAUCAAACUUACACAGGAUAUAAUUUGUCAGUAGCUGGUUGGUUCCUCUUGGAAUACUUUCUAUCAUCUCAAGUUUUCCAGAUUUGACAGAUUGUCCUCAAUCCCAAAAAUAAAAUGCUGCAAAGAUUUAACACUUUCAGUUCUGCAUACAGCUUCCUGUGUCUGUGUCAGCAGGUCAAGAGAGAAUUUACAUCUAUUUCAGGGAGAAGGUUCCUUGUAAAGAAAUGUUCAGCAGGACAUUAAUGAAAUAAAAACCAAACCCUUUAGAAAUUUGUACUGCUGUCUACUAUACAAUAUUGUUAUGAUGUUUCUUCAGAGAAUUUAUUAUUGGAUCAACUGGUACUCCCCUUAUUGAUAUUUUUUUCAGUUCUUACUGCUUGUCUGCUUGAUAUUGUAUAGUUCUUGAAAGGAGAAAUUCUGUCUUGGUCACUCAUGGGAGUUUAAGGGUCAAGGUGGAAAUUUAGCAAUUUAGCAACUUACCAAGCCAAGAUUUAUGUGGGUUAAAAAUUCUGAUAUAUGGAGUUCAGCAUGGAAACAAGGCUUGUGCAGGAAAGCCUUUAUAACUUCAGAAAAUCUACAACCUUGUUUAGUUUGGAUGAUGUAUACUGUAAGGUCCAUGUGACAUUAUUAAGUUGGAAGAGGAAGUUUAUAGUAGUUUUUUAUAUCCUAGGACUUUGACCAGAAAGAGACAGUAUGGAGAGGUAGCCAAUCUGUUACAAGGAGUUGUCAAUGUUUUGGAACAUUUCAAAAAGUACUUUGGGAUUGCACAAAUACGGGAACUGGCAGACAAGUAAGUGAGAGACAAAGAGAGAACGCUGCUACAGAUGGUUGGUUGCAAGUACCUUGAGAGAUUGCAUUUUCUCAACAUAGAAUUUACUUUUAAUAUAUUAUGAAAAAGCAAAAUGUCGUGAAUGGUGGUCUCAUAUAUGCAUCUGUCCUCAUAAUGAAUCUUAAGUAAAACUAUUCAAAAUGCGUCUAUAAUUCAGCUUACUAUCUAAUAAUUAUAGUAUGAAUUUCAGAUCAUUUAUUUUAAUUUAAACUGUUUUGAUGUGAUUCCCCUGUUGCAAUAGGUACAUCAUCAUAAUCCUUAAAUGAAGGAAAUCCUGUAGUAUGAAAUUAUUUUGACCUGAAUUAAAUUCAAACUCACUGUUACAUGUUAUGUGUUUUAGUUUAAAGUGUUUCCAGGCUGAAUUGAUUGCAAAAUAGUUUCAUUUAACAUUAUUUUUCUUUGUUUAGGGACCAAGGUAAUUUGGUAAUGAAACAAAAGAAUAAUUUUGAAUCAGACAGGAAAAAAUACUGUAUUAUUUUGACCAGACAUUUGUUUAGGGUUACAACAUAUCUGUCAAUGCAUACUCAAUCGUAUUAUCAAUGCAUCAAACUCCCAUGGCAAAUAAUGGGUUUGUGGACCUUUUGUGAUCUUUCUAAUUGUGUAACUUGUAAAUGCUAGGGUGAAAAAAAUACAAAGUGAACUUGGUACUCAGAUAUUGGCAGAUUUUGAAGAGGUCUUAUCUGUGAAAGGGAUUAAGGUAUGUUUAUUAACUUUUCAGUAAUGUGUAACAUCAGAAUUUUGUUCCAUUCCCUUUCUAUGUCAAAAAUGUAUCAUUACUGCUUUUAAUUCUCACAAGUGGUUAUUCCUAGUAACUUCUUCGUAUACAUGUGGCAUCAGUAACAUUUAUAAAUUAAAACAGGUAUGACAAAUUGACCAAGGGACAAUUAGAACUUCACACGUCUAGUGUUAUUAAAGUUAUGAACAAGUCUGUAGUCAAAAAAUUCAGUUUUUGAUGGGCAUUGGAACCAAACCAGGCAGAUACUGGUGUGGUACUUGUACUGCAUUAAUAAGUAACUGCUAUAGUUGAUAAGCAUUUUAGUAAACCUGAACAAAUUUUUCAAUUGUAAUUGUCGGCAGCCGCCAUCAGGACCUAAUUCACAAUUAGCUGAGGCUUGUCAAGUGGUAAAUGUGUUGGAUCCUAAAGUAAAGUAAGUGGCCUUUUUUUUUUAAAUAUAAUCAAAACUCUAACAAAAUUUUAGAAUGUUCACCAGCUCAAUUUGAACGCUAAUAGGACAGUGAAUGCACCAUGCUUGUAAGUAGACAGUGUAAUAGGACAGAAAACAUGUCAUGCCUUUGUAAGUGGACAGUACAUGUCAUGUACGCACUCUGCUGUCAGGCAUUUUGCUGAGUUAACUGUUGUUGUUUUUUUAUGAAAAUGUGUUACCAAUGUCUAGUUUCUUCCUCAAAUUUUGUCAAAGUUUUGAUUGAUUGGUAAUAGGACUUGGUGUUGCCCAGUUCUGUCAGUAUAAUCAUACUCAUAAUAUUAACAAAUCGAACUCCAGUUUUGUGGUUGUUUGAUUUUUUUAAACACUCUUGUGAUUACAGACCAAAUUGGACACCACAAAGUCCUAUUACCAUUAUUAAUUGAAAAAAUUUCUGAUGAAAAAUCAUUUAAUUUUUCUUGUUGGCAAAAUUUAAAAAAUGAAAUUGAAAUAAAAAAUUGAACAGUUAAAUAGAAAAAAAUAAAGAAGGAGUUCUUUAUGAUUGCCUGUCUGCAGAUGAGUGCAGAAUCAGAAGUUUUGUUGUUUUAAAAAAUUAAACACUGAUCAUUACCUUCAUACAUUAUGUGAAAAGAAAACAAAUGCUUAUUUAAGUGAGCAGAGUUUUGGUGAAAACUUACAAGGUAGCUGCCAUUUUUGUUUCUAGAUAUUUUGAUACUCCUAGUUAACUAUUGAUCAUAUUGUGACAUCUGAUUGACUUUAUUAUUAAUCACUUCACAGGAAUGAGUUGCUCUCCUGGUUUGUCAAACUCCAGUUAGCAGAGUAUCAACAACUUUUCAAUGAGUCAUUUGAGGUACAUAGUAGCAGCCUUAGGUUUUUAUUUUGGUAACUUCCAGGAGUGAUUAGCAUGUAACUUCUCUCGAUAAUAGUCAUACAUUAUUAAGCAGGGUAUGAGAAUACUUAAAAUUAUCAGGUACAUUUGUUAUCUUGAAUAUAACACCAAACCUUUAUAACUAAUCAACAAAGGAAUGUGCAGCAGCUAGAGAGAAGAAUUAAAAAUCAGAUCUUGGGGGUGAAGGGGUUAUAAUGAAGAUGAGAAUCCCAUGUUGACUUUUGUUAGUCAGCCCUUGGUAUUUUUAUAAUACGUGUUCAUUUGCAUUUGAAUUUACUUUAAAACUCAUUGAACUGAAAUUGUCCUUUGAUCUAUUCUCAUGUUUUUGUUUCUGCACCCAGGUUUCUUGGCUUGAUAAAAUUGACCGCCGGUAUUCCUGGUUGAAGAGAGCUCUUGUGAAGUUUGAUGAAGACUUUCAAGGGACAUUUCCACUUGAAUGGCAUGUGGAGGAGAGAAUCAGUGAAGAAUUUUGUAAAACAACCAAGUAUGACUGAACAAACAUUACAUUAUCCCACCCUUAGUAAUAGAGCACAUUUCAAUUGAGUUUUGGAAAACUGAAACCAAGACAUACGGCCAAUCACAUACAAAGAAAAUAAUAUUAAAAUGAGCUCAUGAGAAUUGAGGUAAAGGUAAACAGACUGGUCAAACAUGUGUACCAAAGUCAGGAUGGUUUUGGCUUUGAAUGUGUUUGUUUUUGGGAGGAUGGUGCAAGUUUUAUGGACUAACCACAGAGCAAAGUAAGGCAAGACCAUUGUAAGCCUUGAUUACUUCCCAUGCCCAAUGGAAAAUUGUUCCAAAGUUUAAAUUAAUUGUGUGGAUGUAUCAUUAAUUUAUUCCUCUACAGUAAAAUUAUUUUAGGGAUAUAAGAAAAUCUGUACUUUUUUUUCACUGAUAGGCGUUUUUGGAAAAGUUCUUUAUUUAAAAAUGUGUCAUCUCUCAAUGAAAUUUUUUAUUCCAAAUUUUUUAAGGAAUGUGUUACUUUAUAAAGGUAAUGCUACAAAAGCUCUCUUAAUGAAAAAAAAUACUGAUUCAUUACACUGCAGUGUUAUAUUUUAUAGGUGACAGAAUGAUAACCAUGAAUUGUGUGUAAUUACCAGUAGAUAGUAAUAUCCUCAUCAAAUUGUUAGAUUUAUAAAAAAUGAGAUAUCUUGAAUGGUAGUGGUUUAUCGCUAUGGUGAAUACAUUUGGAAAGAAGUAAGUUUUUUACUUUGAUGUACUUUGUUGACCCACAGAAAAGAUUUGUCAAAAAUCAUGACAGCAAGAGUUCAAGAACUUGAUGUCAAGCUGCUUUUGUUUGCCAUCCAAAGAACAACAACCUUUGAAAGUUUAUUGGCUCAGAGGUUUGUUCAGCAUGGCUAUGAGGUAACAAAAUUUACUGCCAUUGAAAUUGUUGAACAGUUUUAUUGUUGGUUUAAUGCAUUGUACUUGAUUCAUUUCUCCUUUGUGAUUGCUACAUUUUUGCUUCCCUGUCACAAAUGUGUGAUAUCUUAAUUUUGAAGUGUAAAUUUAUCAUCUUUCUUAAUUUGUCAAGACAAGACGCUUGUAUGAAGAGAUUGUUUGUAGGAUGCAGGUUGUUUUGUCGCAUGUUAACCAAGGAUAUAUUUGGCCAGAGGAAUUCACUGUGGCCUAGUUGGUCUAAAGUUAAACCACAAAUUAAAUCAGAUGUGACUGAUUUUCGAAAGCAACGAUACUAAUAAUCACAUUAUCAGCUGAUGUUUGCAUACUUUAGAAACUUGGAAUUUACUCCCAGAGACUUUGAGUAAGAGAAAGGUGUUAGAUAAGGGAUUGACUGCAAAUGCUUUUUUACAUUGUAUGAACCAACAAUAAACUUUAUGGAGGUUUUUUUUUCCUAUUUUACAGUCUCUUCUCCAUUUUGUUUUUUAGGAGAAAGGAGAAUCAAAGGAGAAAGGAGACAAGGUUUGUAUCAUGAUUCCAAAAUGACAUAAAAAUUAUGUAGGUGUUGAUGUGAGAUUUGAACAACUCAUAAAUUUCUAAGAUGGUACACAAUUUAUUUAUUUAUUUAAGUUAGCCAAGUAGCCUGUCACUGGUUUUCCUUUAUUCUGGAGCAAGAAUUGUCAGUGAACUAAGUACUCUAACUAGCUGCUGAAAAUUCCAAAAUCUGCCUAAUUUUGUUCCUUUUUGACCAUUUUCCCUCGAGAAUCAUUUUUAAAUGAUUAGAGAAUAUUAUUUUGGUGGCAAAUCAUUGUGAGUUGUGUCUUGACAACAACAAAAACCUACAGAGUUUUAACACAGAAAGUCCUUGGUGUCCAGAAUUGUUCCCCUGAAUUAAUUUGCCAGAGAUUUUUCAGUUCCAGCAAUUGGAGAUCACUGAAAUGUGCUCUUUGUUGUUUCAUUAAAGAAUCCAUGGUGUUUGCCUUUCAGACAAAUUAAGUGCUCACGUAAUCAGACUGCAGCUAAAUGCAAAGAUUGAAAAAAAUGUUGUAUUCUGUACUUUUUUCCUCUUUCAGCCAAAACAGUCCAAGUUCUUAGGAAUUAUCUCAAGAUGUUUUGAGCCACAUCUUCAUAUUUAUAUAGAAUCACAAGACAAGUAAGUAUGAUUGUUAAGAUUAUUGUAUGGGGAAAUCUUUAGUCACUAGCUUGGACAAGCCUUGGAAACCUUCCUUGUCUUAACUGUCGUCCAUUCAUAAAGGGUUUGAAACUAAGGAUUAUUAAACACAAAGCCAAAAUGAUCACAGUGGGCAGUUAGGACAAAGGAAACGAUCGACAGAGCUUAGGAGAACUCAACGUGACAAGCUGACUGGUUGGGUAGCAGCGCGGGAAAACGCCGCCUGACAAAAGCGUAAUUGGUGUUGGUUUUAGAUCGGAUUGGUUAAGAAAGUGGUGCGAACUUUUUUUUCUUAUUUAGACCAAUUACAAAGCGCAGAGAUGCAAAACCAAUGCAAUUCUGACUACUUUUUAGACUAGAAGAACUGAACACUACUUUCAUUCCUCAACAGAAACCUAUCAGAAUUGAUGGACAGGUUUGUUCAAGAUUUCAAGUCUCAGGGAAUCCCCAUGGUAGAAGGUGAUGGAAGUAAUGUCGUAUUUCCCAGCGCUGGUGAACUAUUUGUGUUCUACAAAAAGUGCAUGGUACAGUGCUCACAGCUGAGCACCGGGCCCCCGCUGCUCUCGCUCACUGCGGCAUUCCAGAAGUUUCUCAGAGAGUAUGCUACCAGAGUACUCAAUAACCAUCUCCCUGUAAAGUGAGUGUUGGUCUGCGUUGUCAAAGUUCAAACUUUAUUAUUUGAUAUAUUUUGGUCUGGUAGCUUUGGAAAAAAGGGAAGACCAACGCAUUUAGCAAGGUGUAUUCGGAGUUACAUGUAUUAUGGUAUAUAAUUUUAUUGACAGAAAUGGUAACAUUUUUAAAUGUUAUAUGUUGAUUUUAAGCACAACUGGCUCAAUUACACAAAAAGACAUUCAUGAAUUUCAGUGAUUGAUUCAGAAAAGCUAAUAGUUGAAGUUUAAUUGGCUGUUGUAGGUUCAAACUGGCUGAUUCACUUGUCCGAUUACUAGCAUCUUGCAAUCGCUUUUAAAAUCUUCAAAAUUAACCUCAAACGUGAAAAGAUAAAGCAAUUUCAUGUCGAAAGUAACGUGUCUUUGCAUAAGUAUUGAUGUACUGACUCUGCUACUUUUAGUGAUCUGGUCACUCGUUUUUUCAGUUCUUAUUGGUUCUUUGUGAAAUCUACCUUUACUCUGCUUGUUUGUUGUUAUAACCUUUGCUUUGUGUUAUGAUACUCGAUCGAAGAGUAAUCUUAGUUAAAAAAAAUAAUAAAAAGUGUUUCUUAUAAUAAAUGCUCUUUGCUCUCCCUCCUUAGGAGCACAGGUGGCUUGGCUAGCAUCUUGAAGGAUUCUGGUGAAGUGAAAUUCAGCAAAGAAGAGCAAAGUUUGACUUGUUGUAUUCUUUGUACAGCUGAUUAUUGUCUGGAAACAACUCAACAGGUGAAAUUCUGUCUCUAUUUCAGAUAAUACCGCGACUAUCCCCAGAUACUCUAAGGGUUCAUCUUCAUUAAAUAUUUUUCAGCUUUAAAAAGUCACUCUCUCUUUCUUAACUACUCUGCUCUUCUGUCUUAAAUGGGUGACUAGUACCUGCAUUGUAUCGUAGAUUUUGUAGAGCUGAGGUGUUUUAUGCUUCUCCAAGAUUCAGUUUGGUUUUUCAUCUCAUCGGUUGUGUAAAGCGAGUACUUACCUUUCAGUAGCAACAACUUUCGGCCAGGGUGUAAACUCAAAGCCUUCUCGGAUUCUUUCAACACCAUCUAGUACUUGAUUCAAAUGCAUUUUCCAUUCUCUAUAGUUAGAGGAGAAGUUAAAGGAGAAAGUUGAUCCUGAAUUGGCGGAGAAAAUUGACCUCAAUGGGGAACAAGAUGUAUUCCAUAGGUUAGUGGCCUAAAAUUUUUACACCUGAUUUUCAGACCUGUUUGAAUUGUUCAUUUUCACAAAUCUAAUUGCUCUCGAGCCAAGUAGCACAUCGUCCGAAUAACUUGGACGUAAUGGUAACCGUCAAUUGCCUGAAUGCGAUGUAAUGAAUCCACAAGACGAACACCGUACUUUUGUGUUAGAAAAUUGGGGGUGGAAGACACUUCAAGCCACUUCCUUUCAUCUUUCUGAUGUACUGUUACUGACUUUUUGCGCGCUCUUUGUUGCGCGAAAAGAAAGAGACUGAAUACUGCUUGAGAAAAAGGGGUUUAAAGUAACGUCAUUUCUUGAAAACGCAGCAAUCAAUAAGCCUUGUGAAGUUUUCUGGCAAUGUUCAAACCAAUCCAAAAGAACAUACAGCGGAAAGUAAAUUUUUUUGGUUUUUGCAAUCCUUGUUUUUUUUGUUAUGAGACUCGAGGAUUUGAGUUACCACUCGAAGUUGAUUUGUGCAAGGGUCAACAUGAGAGUAGAAUGUCAUAUUUGACAGCAGUUUUAUUGUACUAAAGUACCUUCAUCAGUAAGUGUUUACGGAAGAUUCUGAAUAUCCGACGGCCUCUGGGUUCCAGAAAAAGAGGCCGUCCAAAGCAGUCUUGGAGGAGCGCACUGUCCAAGACGAAAAAAACAAAAAUAACAUCACUUGAGGAACAGCCGAAAACAGAGUCCUUUGGAGAUCCACGAUCCGCGCCCUAUGCUCCCCAGCAGCAGCGAGGAUGGUCUAAUCUUUUAUUGUACUAAGGGCCUGUUUCUAUACCACACUCCUCCAAAACUUUUGCAUCUCAACCAAGUAUCGAUCCACAGUGUUCUUUUUAACAACUGUGUAGCUGUUGGAUCGUAUCCUUCACUGCUUUUCUCACUUCUCUGAUCUUCCAGCAGUACAGGAUCGGGUUUAGAGUUGAGUUUAAGUGGACUAGAGCGGACGAAACCAAAUAGCACGCUAAAGUGUUUAUUUUCAUUCCAGCCACAAUGCCAUAAGGGGCAUAGCAGGCAAGUAACGCUAGCUGCACCCACAAAAUGCUGGACACUGUUUUUCUGUACCUUGCUAUGUUCACUGCAAAUCCUACUACGUAUGGUUGUCCAUGGGUGGAGUCCUUUUGUAUUUGAGUUUGAUGCUUUCUUAGGGUCAGGUAAAUUUUUGCAUAAGAGGACAUCGAAGUAAUCAGUGAAAGCACUGUCAUGACUGAGGUCACUUUGUUGAAGACAUCCGCUUUCCACAACCCAAUCAUGGCAAUUGUAGCCAUCAUAAUCCAAAUACAGGUUAUGACAAAGCGAGCUCGCCUAAGUGUUACAAAAGUUCUGUAUCUCAAUCCCAACAACAGCGCAAGAAGUCUGUCCACACUUAUCACAGUCGUUGUUAACAAAGAUACUCCGCACAAAAUUGUACUUGACGUCGCACAGAUCUUACCAGUGUAAUACGAAACAUUCUCGUUCAUCUCCAUUGCAUAAGACAUGAUAGACGUUGUAUAGAGCGGCUGCACUAUAAGGCCAACACAGAGGUCGGUAGCUGCCAGGCAUCGAAAGAAUAGUUUUGUUGGAGGAUAGAUAGACGACACUCGAUGAAGAGCGCUGAGAAUCACAACGUUACCGACGGAUGAAGCGACAGCGAGAAAAAUACUCAAGCCCGCGAAAAUUUCAACCAACUUAGCUUGAGAUCCAUUAAUAGCAUCGUUGAAUGUUCUGGUAGUGUUUCCCUCUAUAUUAGAGUCUGCCAUUGUUCGUAGGAAGUGAACAAAUGAGUUUUUCCGCUUUAAGGGCUAGAAUUAAAUCGUUAUGCCAUUGAUAGACAACCUAAUCUUUAGACAUUUUUGCCUCUUUUUUUGUUUAAUUAAUAAAGUCUUUUUAGUUGAAAGGUGAUGGACAUGUCAUUUGCCUAAGACAGUUUGUUGUAAUAGCUGUUGCGAUUUUUAGUGAACUUUUUUUUAAAUCGAACUAUACAAUAGCUAUACGAGGGAAUAGUUAAUUUUAGGUCAAUUUGUAUAGUUUGCCAAUUGUUAGUGCUCACUGCAAAUUUACAAAACUGCGAAUCUUUCCGUGCUGCCUAAAUAAUGGACACACGAUAAACGAAAGUGAUUACCAAUCACCUUAUGCUAAACUUUUUGAAACCUAAGAUCAACUUUCAAAAGAUGACUAUCGAGUAAUUUAUGCAAUAAAAACUGCCAAAUUCUUGUGCAAAAAUACUUCGUGGCUGCUAUGAUACCGCAUUUCGUCUCGGCUAUGAAGAGUAGAUUUAACGACUGUCGGAAGUUCAUUUUUGCGGUAUGACAUCGUGACUCGUGACAUAGCCCCCCCUAAUUAUGCUUUUAUGUUUGAACAAACAUUAUAUUACUAAGAAAAAUAAUCUUAAGAAACGUCGCCAUUGUAAACUAUGGCAAUAUAUUUUAAGUUGAAAAAUAAUUAAAGACGGAAGCUUGCGCAACAAAAGGAGAUAUAUUUUCACUCUUUUUACAGACGUUUGUUUGGCGAUGUUGAAAUAUAUUGUGUUGAUGAAUUUACACCGUUGUAUCUGCUCAUCAGUCACACACAACUGUUCAUGCAUGGUUGUAUUUUAGUGUACUAUUUUCUUGUUGGCAGUCGUGAAAAAAUGUUGGAAUUUUGGGGACGAUAUACUGCAGAAAAACCGGAGACAAGCAUCUCUCGUCGGGGAUUAGAAAUCAAUAUAUGACCAAAAUUAUUUCGCAAUCAGUCUUAAUAUUUACACCGUAGGAAAGUAUGUCGUCAACAUACCGGAAGUGAUUAAGUGUCGCGUUCCCAGUAAUUUUCAAAGCGGUGGCAACUUUCGCGGGCAUGUUGGGGGCGCAAAGUAUGAUUGGAAGGGAAAGUGUGAGAGGUGAAGAAGGUUCUCGUCCGCCUUACCAUCACCCCUAUCUCCCCAGUAUAGAAACGCGGACGUUUUGGAGACGACUGGGCAUGAGUCGGAAUGAUUCGCCAUUUUCUCAUUUGUCCCAACUUGUUUAUCGUUACGGUCUCUGCGGGUUUACAUUUUUGGCAGCGUUGCUAUUACAACGACAGCCGGCGUAAGGCCGGCGAGCGCGUUCAUUUUUUGUGGAAUAACUCGCAUCAGUAACUUGCCAUAAUGUGAUACCAAACAAAGUAGAGAGGUUAAUAUACAAAACGCACAAAGCGCGGAUAAACGGACACGAGGUGUUGCAAAGGUUGGUUGUAAAGGGCAACUCCUGCCUGCAUUUUCCUCUAUUACAGUUUCUGUGCGAUAUGUCAAAUCGCAAAGUAAACAUUUCCUUUCAAAUUCACCGGUUUGCUUUGAGUUAAGUUCACAAAAUUUUCCUGAUACUGGGGACUCAAAGUAUCCAGGGUGGAAUGACAUCUGCACUUCGUCGUAAGUCGACCGGACGCAGCCUAAAGUUCGAGAUCAUUCGAAGUGUGUAUCGCCUUCAGUUUGAAACUAUACUGUAUUGUUACGGCAUAAUUUAACCGACAGAAAAACGAUCUUACAAAAUCAACUACUUAUUGAACAGCGAGUAAUGUUCUAAACAAGGAGCGACUCUUAAACGUAGUACAAUACUUAUCGUUAAUAAACUUAAUUAAGCCCAGCAAAUUCUAUAUCCUAGCUCACCACCGACACAAUCUCUCCAAAGUUCCUCGAAAUAAGCGGCCUUCCGCGGUGACUCUCUCUUGGUAUAACUUUCAAAACAUUCGUCGAUCUAUUCACAAAAUGUUGUGGAACAUUCCAGAAGCUUACAUAACAACUAUUCUAGUAUUAUUACAUAAUAAAUGUGUGACGUAAUGAAAUGUUGUGGAAAGUUCUACGGUAUGCAAGUCAGCUUGACUCAGCAGACUGGAGAUUUCUAGAAGCAAAAGCAGUUCCAAAUAACAGUAUAUUCACAGUAUUUACCUCGCCACGUUUUUCGUUUAUCUCUAAUCAUGAAUAGUGUACACAUCACCUAUUCCCUAUCCCUAUUCUCUAUGUGAAGUAAUCUUUCCUCCUUCUUCCUUGUCUAUUCCUAUUAUAAAAUCUUCUUCUUUGCCAUCCUCUUCCAUUUCACACUGUUUCUAUCUUUGCGCCCAUCGACUCGCAUUUGUUUAACAACAGUACAGCUGCUUGAAUAUGUCCUUGACUGCAUGUCGCACUUGUCUUAUCCUCCAGCAGUAGAGGAUCGGAUUUAGAGAUGAGUUAAAGUAAAGCAAUGUUAUUGCAGCUAACCAAUCUACUCCGUUGUUUAUUCCAAUCCCAGAUACAACCCCAAAAGGCAGGUAGCAGAAAACUAAUGCCAAUUGCACCCACACUAUGCUAGACACUGUCUUUUUGUAUUUGGCUACAUUGAAUGAGUUCCCUUCCCCGCUCGGUAUUGUUCUGGUAACAUGGUUUUCAAUUUGCCCUUGAUGUUUUCGUAGUUUCGAUUGAAUCUUGGCGUAUGAGACUAUUGAAGCCACAAAACAAAUUAGGAUCGCCACAGAGGCUUGCUUAAAGGCAAUGUCUCUUUUCCACACCCAAAGUGGUGCCGAUAAAAUCGAACUGGCCCAAAAACUGACAAUAACAAGGCGAACUCGCUUUGAUGAUACAACAUGUCUGUAUCUUAUCCCCAAGUACAGGGCUAACAGUCUGUCCACGCUUACAGCAGUUGAAGUCAUGACAGAUACCCCGCACAAAACCGCGCUUAGUACACCGCCAACUUUGAAAAAUGUCACUGUUUUCCCACUCGACAUAACGAUUGUGGCAUAGAUGUAAAUCGGUUGAACGAUGAUGCCCACACAAAGAUCACUGACUGCCAGGCAUCGGAAAAAAAGUUUCGUCGAUGGAGCAAUGGUUAAUACUCGGCAAAGAGCAAUGAUGACUAGAAUGUUACCCAGGAAAGCGAAAGUCGCGAGAAUGAUAUUCAAGGCUGAAAAUAAAUCAACAAUACCUUUUGGUAAUGUUUGUAGCGCUUCAAUUAGUCCGCUUUCGAACUUGUUGUCUUCAACUGAGUUCGACAUUGUGUUAGAUGAUUAUCCUAAGUUUUAGUUGGCGCGAGGAAUUUCUUGAUGUCGGUGAUUGUUCGUGAAAUCUUAAUUUCCAAAUUUCAGUGUUAAGCUAGUUGAUGCACUGUUUGGUAUCUAGGUUUUUUGGGGUCUAUGUACUUGAUGUUUCAUGAAUUCGUUUAUUUUCCCUACGAGAUAUCAGUUGGCUGUUGGUGUGGUUUGAGGAAAAAAAGGAAACACAAGUUAUAUGGGUAUUAAAUCAUGCGAUUCUAUCACGCAUGCUCGGUGAGAGAACGAGCAAAGGUGCCCUUCAAAUGGGCGACUGUAUGUAAUGUGCCGAAAUUCCGUUUAAAUAACGGUAAAUGUUACCUUUUAACUGCUGGUUUCUGUGAGUAUCGUGUAAGAACUCAAGGCUUAAUUUCACAAGUAUUGAUUUUAAAACCGUCGUUUGGCAAAGAAAAGAUGACAGGUUGUUGUUUGAACAGUGAUGAGAAAAAACACCUGCUGGGAAUUGAAUGACUCUGUCAAAUCAUUCAGCUCCUUUUGUGCAGCAUAUCCGGUGGAAAUUCUUAAGUAAUCGCGCAAUAAAAAUAUGUUCUUGAAUUGAAAAUCAGAAAGGCAUGCAGUGUAAACAAAGGUUUUCUCGAACUUCGUUCGGAGGAAGUGGGAAGAUGAGAGAUCUUAAGAAUUUGGUAUCCAUGGUUGUUGUUAAAUAUCGCUUGUUUAACACUUUCAGUUCAAAAGCUGUCAAAGUUAAUUAUUUUAUUUAUAAUUAUGUGUUGCUGUCCACCUGCUAUUUUGUUAUUAAUGGACUGUUGUUAGGUGUGGAUCAUUUCACCAUUCACGUCUUUGAAAUUCAUGUUUCCAUAUGUCAAAAUAUGUUGUGAGGACACCUUAGUUAACAUUUUCUACUUACUAUUUCUUUUAUGAAUUUACUGAACAGUUGUCUUAUCAUGAAAAUGUAAGCCAUGUCACCUUCAAGUGGAUUUUUUCCUUUUUUCGUUACGGAAACUUUUAUUUGACUUUUAUCGGAAAAAUCAUUUAGUCAAACCUGGUUACUAUCGCCAAAAAACAUGACCGGUAGUCGUGGUGAUCAUACAAGAACCACUGUACUUAGCGAUAUUGAACCUAAUAGGGAAGUUUUUCAUUUGAGUCUCGAAAAUAGUCAGUGAUUGGUCCAGAAAACUCACGCCAUCCACUCAACUAAUUAGAAUAAAAACUAAGACCAUUCGCGAUUUGGUCACUCGCGUUUUCCCGCACUUCUAGUAUUUGAUUAUUUUUUACUCUGCGCUCUCCCGUGCUCUUUGUGAUUUAUUUUCCUCUCCUGUGAUUGAAUAUUGUAAUUACUUUGAUUAAGCCGAGAUAACAAAAAAACACCAAAAGCAUCGCAGUUUCUCAGAAUACCCUUGUGUUUGAUGCGAGCGAUGGCAGCGACCAUUGAAAAUCAAUCCAAUGGCUACAAGAAGAUUAUAAAGAGAACAAACUUAUAUGAGAACUCUUACAGUAGGAAAUUGCAUUAUUAACAGGAAAAGCAUUUUAUAGAAGUGCCACACUAUCAAAAACACUGCUCAACCCUUCUUUGUAAGUCAUCUGCUCGUGAGUUCCAGAGGCUUAGUAGUAGCGUCUGUAUUUUGUCGAAAAUUACCAAAUCGCAACUAGGUUAAACGCAACACCUACUUUGAAAUUUUAUGUUUCGAGCAUCCUUGCCUAGAGCUGUUUUUUAAAAACAGUUUAUAUGGCUGAUUGUGUCCUUCACGGCAUGUCGUACUUCUCUGAUCUUCCAGCAGUACAAGAUCGGGUUAAGAGACGAGUUUAAGAAAACCAGACUUGCUGUAGCCGACCAAAUAACCUGAUUGGUAUUUCCAGACCCAGCUACGAUACUAUAAGGAAUAUAGCAGACAAGUAAGGCCACUUGCACCCAUGAAAUGCUGGCAGUGUUUUUUUAUAUCUUGCAAUGUUGAGCGGACUCCCUCCACGUUCAUUCGGUUGUUCUAGGAAGUGGUUUUGUACAUUUAUCUGAGCGUGAUGUUUCCAGAGUGUUAGAUGAAUCUUCACGUAGCAUGAAGUCGAAGUUAUCAAACACAGUAGUACGAUAAGAGACGAUCCUCUGUAGAAGUUUUCUCUACUCCACAACCACACUGGCAAAGUCGAGGCACCAAGUAACCAAAAACCGAUAACCACACCGCGAACCCGACCCAAUGUUACAACAUGUCUGUAUCUCAUUUCCAACAUCAGCAUAAGGAGUCUGUCUACACUAAUGGCAGUCGAGGUCAAGACAGACACUGCAGACAAAAUCGUACUUAUUAUCCCACAAAUAUUGUAGACACGAUACAAAACAUCGCCUCUGAUAUCUUUCACACGAAACGCAGUGUAGGUUACAUACACAUAGAGUGGUUGAACAAUGAGCCCAACGCAAAAGUCAGUGACUGCAAGGCAUCGAAAGAAGAGUUUCGUUGGAGGAUGAAUAGACGACACUUGGCGAAGUGAAAAAAGGAUCAGAACAUUGCUCAGAAAUGCACUGAUGGAAAGAAGAAUAUUCAGAACCAAAAGAAAUUCAACUAGGCCUGCUGGUGAUGAUCUAAGAGUUUCGCGCACUAUGGUUAUGAAGAAGUCUUUUUCUGAAGAGUUUUCCAUUGUUCUCCGCGGUAAAAAUGUUGGGCUCGUUGCAGUGUUAUCAGCUUUUUGUAGGUGAUAAUUUAACUCUCGAGGCAUAUGCUCAAGUUUUAAUUUUUACCAACCCGAGGCCGUGUCAUCCUUGUGCGAUGAGUUUAUACUGUAUUACAUUUUUAAUAUGUUUUGUUUAGUUUAUGAAUCAUUUGUGUCCUAACAGACAAAACGGCGUUACGUUGUUACACGACUUCUCCCGAUUGGCAGUCCGGUGCUGUAAACGAGUUUAAUAAUCGGUUAAGUCAAACGCCAUAAGGAAUACCGAAAAAGUGAAUGUCACCCGUUUACGGCUAAUCUGCCUGAGAGGAAAACAACAACAACAGCCAAAAUAGAACAAAAUCGAGUAAAGACAAGCUGACCGUUUUUUUCUUAUCGCUGAUUACGAGGAGAUUCUAUUGGUUAUAGCUUAAUUUUUGUCCAGCAACCAAUAUUAAUUUUGAAGAUGUUUCAUCAGAGAGUAUAAAUGUGGUCGUUUGUUGACAUAAGAUAUUAGUUUCGAUGAAUACAGCUGCCGGGAUCUUUAAGAAAUUAAAGUUGUUUGCCGUAACUUUACGACGAUAUUUCCAAUGGAGGGUUUUAAGAGAAUGAUUAAGCUUCUCUUUGACUUGACUUUCCAUUUUCAUUAACACCUGAUAAUUACAGCGUCGGCAUAAGUCACAUGCCAGAGAUACAGAAGUUGUUCGCGCUUUUUAAUCUAAAUGGUCUGUUUCGGUUUUUGAUUUUUAAUGGAUUAUGAAAAAUCAAAUGAAAAUCUGAGCAAUUUCCUUGUUUUUUUCAAGGUAACUUGUGACGUGAUUUAUAAACGAAGUUAAUACCAUUUCUUUAAAUUUUGAACUCUGUUUGUUUUCUUCAUAUGUUAGAUAAUUUAUAUGUCGUUCGAGAGACGUAGAUAUGUCACCUAGGUGGCGGGAAAUAUGACACCGCCUGUGAGCCAACGCUAGAAUUCUCUCUACUUGGAAACUACGUUAAAACGACUGAGUGCUAUACUACAAAUCCUACAAAGGAGUAGUGACUUAGGAGUUUCGGAUUAACAUCAGUAUCUGGGCAACUGUCCACCUACCCCUCCCCUGACCCAACAUUAACCCUAACUUGUUAUCAAUUGACUGUAGUUGAAUUAGGGGAGGGGUAGGUGGGCAGUUGCCCAGAUACUGAUAUUGAUCCGGAGUUUCAAUUAGUUCGAGGCAAUUGUUAACGCGUACCUGAUUUUACGAUUGAUAGAAGUUAUUCAUCCUCUCAAUAACAUAAGUCGAGCAAUAAUUACCCCUAAGGAAAUGAAGAAAACUCUUGCUUUCAAAAUUGACAGGUAUAUCAAUUAGUUUGUCGAAAACACGACGCUACAUAGCAGUUAUUAACCAAAUUCUCGUUGCGUGGAAAUUGUGUUAAAAAGUGAGAAAUUAGUCACCUUUGAAUAACUCAAAUUGAGCUAUUUCCCCCUGAAAUUGAUACGAAAAUUGAACAUGAAUUGUAAAUGAAAAGAAAGGUUCUGAGUAUCGGUCAUACCUUUUACCAUCCGAGGGGAGUGUUGGGCCGAGAUCACGGCAGUGCUGACCAAGCGCAGGAAGGUUCCCACAAAAACGACCGCGGGGUCGCACUCCACGGGCCUGAUAGCAUGCUGGGGUCGUGAGUAGUUUAUUAUAUGCAGUCAUGCCAUGCUUUUUUUAACUUUUUGUAACAAAAUGCACUUCCGGUCACUCGUAUGAGCAACUCAGGUGGAGUAAGCUGUAACGAGUUUUAAAACAAAAUUACCAGUCGUUUGAUCACAUGGAAUGUCGGAUAAAAGGUGGACUUUUGGUUCUUUUGUUUGCAUACCAUUUCCAUGGAACAUCAGUACCCGUCUUGUUAUUUGUUAUUUUGUGUUUGUGUUUACAAUUAUCUGCGGAAACUGUCUUUUGUGUAUGCCUGUUUCAGUUUCUAAGAUCUUUUGCUACAAGGUCUUGAGGAUAAUGAAUUUCGCUUGGUGAGGUUUUCUAUUUCUUUACUGUAAACUCAUAAAUUGUCAAUCUUUCAGGCAAUUUCUUUGCGGAGAAUUGGAAUGUUGACAUGUUUAAAUACGGUGGCUUUCAAAACAAAACAAAAUGGCUCAUGACUUUUUUCGUGCAAGGAGUCCGUCCACAUGGCAACAUCGCGGCCAAAAAAAAAGAAAUCAGAGCGUUCGAAUUCAUGUCAAGACUACUUUGCCUUAUUAUGUUAAAAGAUAUCACUGGUGCAUUUUCAUUUCAAUUCGUGCAUGCGAAAGGUGCCUGAAGAAAUUUGCACUUACUCUCAGAAAUUGACAGACAGCUCAAUGGUCCAAACAAAGCAGUUUUUAUGGUAUUGGAAGCAUUUUCAAUUUAAUUAAUUUCGUUCGUCAGUGAACUAAGUUAGCUUUGAAUUCUCUCGACAUUUUCAAAUUACAGAAAACUGUAUCUUGGUCAUAAACUGAUUUGAUUCCCUUAUAAAUUUUCGUUGACGAAGCUCUUUUGUGAGUGAUUACCUUUUCAAGAAAAAAAUUGAGGGCGUUCUAUACAUUCUUGUAGUUGCUAGGAAAAAUUAGCAGUUAGUUGAGCUGAAAAUACUGACUGAUCCAUAAGGAGUGACACGAAACUCUCGAUUCACGCAUUCUAUUUUACUUAGAGACAAUCCUCCGCAACAACCAACAGUGGUUGAAAAUGUCGUAGUUGAAAGCAAUUAUGAUGCACUUAGGGCCUUUACUAUUCCACGCUGUUUAAAGAAUAUUCACUGUCGAUCCACGAAGUUCUGCCUAACAACAGUGUCGUUGCCUGAUUGUAUCCUUCACUGCUUGUCGCACUUCUCUGAUUCUCCAGCAGUACAAGAUCGGGUUUAGAGAUGAAUUUAAAAAGACGAGGGUGGUUACAGCCAACCAAGCUAGCCCGUUGUCUUCUCCAGUCCCUGCUGCAAUAACAUAGGGAACAUAACACACAACUAAGGCCAGUUGUACCCACAAAAUACUAGACACUGUCUUUUUGUAUCUUAUUAUGUGGAAUGGACUUCCUCCUGUGCUCGAUUCUGCUUGGGGAACAUGGUUUUGUAUUUGUGCCUGUUGGUGUCGUAUAGACAAGUGGAUCUUGACGUAAGAUGCAGUAGAAGUUGCCAACGAAAGCGUUAUGAUAAUAGAGGAUAACUUGUAGAAAACUUCCGUUUUCCAAACCCAAAUAACGACGAAUAAAGCACAAAUGAUCAAAAUAAAAAGCAUUGUGAGACGAACUCGCAUCAAGGUUACAACAUAUCUGUAUCUCAGCCUCAACAACAGGGCGAGAAGUCUGUCGACACUUAUGGCAGUAGACGUCAAAACGGAUAAUCCACACAAAACUGCACUUGAGGCUAUGCGAACUGCUUCAAGAUACUUGCCGUAAAAAGUAGGUCUUUCCACGUUUACUAGCGAAGAGAACUUGUAGAUUAUGUAGAGUGGUUGUGUAAAUAGCCCGACGCUUAGGUCCGUGAUAGCUAGACAUCGGAAGAAGAAUUUUGUCGGCGGAUAAAUAGAAGACACUCGAUGGAGAGCAAGAAGGAUGAGGACAUUUCCUAGAAUUGCUGUGAUGGAAAGAAAAAUGUUAAAGGCUGAGAAUAAUUUCACAAAGCCAGGUGAUACAAAGGGAUUUGUGUUCACAAGGGUUCCUUCUCCGGACGAGUUUGACAUAGCUAUUGAUGAUCAGUUGUUCUCUGGAGUUGACACUAAAUGAUAAUCUUCUCUGUGCGUGAUUCGAAUGCAGUUCGUUGAGAAAGUUUCAAAGCAGCUGGUAAAAAAAAAAACAGCAAUGAACAAGACAAAUUGGCACACAUGUUCCUUGCUGAAUAAAUUAAACGGUACACGUCUAGAGUUAAUUGAUGUUCUUCGCAUCUUUUUGUUAUUAUUCCUUACUUCCUGUUGAAAAGUGUAUCUACCGAAAAGUGAUUCUUAUGGAACUUUUUUGAUCAACGUAUUAGCUUUAAUUUCUGAAAACAGAACAGUUAGCAACUGUGAGUUCCGAAUUCUAUAUUGCAAAUAUUUAUUUAAGAAAAUUAAACCGUCAAAUUGAUAAAAGUUUAUUGGUUAAAGAACUGAAAGUCAGGGAAAGCACCUGUAAAAGGAAGAAAACACGCCUAAGUUCUAUUUUUAAUCAUUUUCACUCCGAUGUACCCUCUGAUGUUUGAACCUGGGCGCCAAAAUGAACUACCGGAAGACAAGAGCGCAGAAACUCUCCUUGUGUGGCUUAGGGAUGUGUCAAGUCCACUGAAGUUGAUUACAGACUAGGUCAAGAAUUGUUUCCUCUUGUGACUAUAAAGUUAUGCAUGAGGUACUGAAUGAGAAACCCCUGAGCUUCUCAAGGAAGUUCAAUUCCCCCCUUCUAACAAAAACCCGUUUUGAGAAGUUGACACUGUCAUUUAGUUAUUGUCCCUUGACGUUUUAUAGUAAUUUGAGUCGGUGUUACUGGUACUAGUGAGGCUUUUAACACUGUGUAGUAGAAAUAUAAUCUUGUUCUUUAUUGCGGACGACGACGUUGAAAGUUUCUCUUGCCAUUGUUCUGUUGAAUUUACGGCUACAAGAAUUAAAUUGAAACCAUGCCGAUUGAUUUGUUUUUUAAAUUCUUUUCCUUGGAACACGAGUUUUCUGUCAAGCUGGAAUACGCCUCUUUCAUUUACGCAAAAUUAAGUGCUUACUAAAUUAAUUACAAUACGGUUGGGGGACAUCUUUAUUCCUUGGUGAAUUUCCCUUUUGAAGCGACGGUUGUUCAUAUAAAAUAUUUAGUAAAGCUCCAUUUUGUCUUUCGAAGAUACUAGUAACCUGCUUUGUAUACUGAGUGUAAACUAAAAUUUCUGUUGAGUCAUUGUAUAGUUGAGCAAUUUGUACUCGGCCUCGUUUUCAGGUUGAGGUAAAUGACAUCACAGGGUGGUAACUAUUAACAAUCUACUCAUUUGCGUUUAUUUUAUCGCCAGUGUCAUUUCGAACUGUAUCCAGCUGCUUGUACAAGACUUGGAGAAUGCUUGCGAUGCGCCCUUGACAGCAUUGAUAAAGGUGCAGUGUUCUUCUUUUCUUCUUCAGGUGACGCGUAUUGAGUCAAAUAAUCACUGAAAUGGCCCCCUGAAGAAAUGGCAACUUUUGAAGCAAUAAAUACAUAUCUUUCAUGGUUCUUUUCCAGUCACCAUUUCUUACUUGUAGUUAAAUUGACAGUAAAACUUUUUAGAGUUACUUUAAUAAUAAUCAGAGAUAAACAUGACAAGGUUAAAUCCAUUAGAUAGAAUUAGCGAAAAAAAGGAGAAAAAAGACCAGGAAGUUAUAAGCUUUAGAAAUAGAUGCCACUUUGCUGUGUGUUUGUCCAUUUAUCGACCUGAGAUGAUGUCUAAACUCUGGGUUACGAGCCGCAGCGAAUCUGGUGUAAAUAACUCGCAGUUGUUGAAUUAUCUUAAACUCUUCCCUAAAUGAAAAAGAGAUACACGGCUCGACUUUUCGAGGAUUUGCUCCAAUUUUUGUUGCCAUGGUCUCUUACUUUGGUGUUAGUGGAUACCUUUUGCCUAAAUUUCCUCGAGGCCUUUUCUGAAUCUAGUAAACAUUUCCAGAACCAUGGUCCUUGUUGGAGAAAAUAAUGAAAACAACCUAUGACGUCACCUAAGCGUAUGCUUAGUUCGGAUCGACCAAACAUAGGCCACGUUGUUGGGAGAAAAUUGACUCGUCAACUGCUUUUGUUUACUUGAAGGUCAAUUGGCAAAGCGUAGAGGCUGUAGGAGACGAGAGCUCUUAUGUGACAGCCAUUUCCAAUCACCUGAAGGAAGCCGUACCUCUUUUACGUGAUUACCUGUCCUCAGCAAGAAAAUACUUCACUCAGUUCUGCGUAAAGUUUGUCAAGUAAGCUUGAUUUUGAUUAUCGUAAAACUAAAACCAAUGUAAUCAUAACGGGAAAUAAGAACAAUGAUGAAUAUCAAAGUGAGUCAUUGGGAACUCAUAGUUAAAACGGAACCGGCCCGAAGCGCGAGAAAACGCGGUAUUUUUAAAAAUGAACACCCAGAAGUGGUUAACGUGGGACCUCUCCCCGUAAUAUCCUUACAUUAUCCUGCUAACAGAUAAUGUGAAUACUCCAAGUUAUCAGUUGCAAAGUUGAGUUUAUCUGACAUCAUAUUCGUGUUAAGCAGCCAGAGGGAAGGAUUAGCAAUUGAACCUUGGGGUUGAAAGUCGCGAUUGCAAGUUUCAGUUUUGUAUCUGGGUGAUUGAAAACCAAAGCAAAAUGAAUGCAGUCCUGAAUAAUUUGCGUUGAAGGAUGAAAAGGAUGAAGUAGUCCUCUCAGAAUAAAGUAACGCAAUGUGUGGUUAUCUUGAUUAUUGCUGGCGAAAGUAACUCGAGACUGUUUUCGAUUAGGCAAUGCUGUUACUGUGGCUCUAUCUCACGGAUACAAGUAUUUUCCAUUAUUAUUUAUAGAAAAGUGUGUUGAAUGAUAAAGGUUAAAAUUCUCCGACAGUUCGUCGAGUCUCAUAAAGCUAAGAUGAUGAGCUAGUGUGUAAGAGAAGAUAAUUUUUUUGUUUUUUCCUCAGUUCUUUCAUUCCACGGUUCAUCAGCAACUUGUAUAAAUGCAAGCCAAUUAGCACUGUUGGCGCUGAGCAGGUAGAGUGAAAGUUACUAUAUCGGGUUUUUAGAGUUUUGCAAGUAUUUGAAGCCUUCAAAGGAAAGGUAAGGACGUCUGCCAACAAGCUCAGAGACCCGCCCUGUCGAAGAUUAACCCAGGGACAGAUGACAUUGUUACUGACGCUGAAUGGAAUGCCGCUCCAUUGGGGCAGCUUACCCACAAGCAAUUCUUUUGGUUUUCCCGGCAUGUCACCCUUACUAAUUCGUAAUCCUAGGUGGGGAUAGGCACUCUGAAAGUGAAGUGUCUCACUCAAUGACUCCGCUAGGAUUUAAACCAGAACCUUCCUUUGCGGAUUCCAGCGCGCUAAGCAUCACGCUACCUCGUCUGACAGGUUAUAGACCUUAAACAGUACCUGCAUUUUGAAAAGACGAACGCUUUAGUACUAAGGAAGUUUUUUUUUAUUUAUUUCCUCUCGAGGAGAUAUUUAGGGCGUAAGUCUUUCCUCAGUUCAUGCUUCUGGCUGUGAAUUACUUCGCUCUGCUUGUCCUGUUGAUUCGAUCUGAUUGAAGCAUCCUGUAAUAUUUUUUAAGAGGUUUGGCCAAUGGCUGUUUUCGUUUUUGUUACGCUGCAGCUGUUACUGGACACUCACUCUCUUAAAACAACUCUCCUUGAUCUUCCCUCAAUCGGCUCAAAAGUGCAAAGGAAGCCUCCAGCAAGGUAAGUCAUCCAGCUUAUCCUUUGACUCAACUGUUAAACGACCAGAAACGCCCUAACAUGGGGGAGGAAGGGAGAUCUGUAGGGGAGAUAGUUUAAGUUCUGGACUUAACCCUUUAACUCCCAAGAUCUGAUUGUUAAUUCUCCCAUCUAGCUGCUACGCAUUUCCUUAUCAAUAAGUUACGAGAAUUUGGUGUCAGAUCGAGGUAACAACUUCGACCUGAUAAGUAUAAAUAUUCUCAUGAUCUGUUUGCUGGAAAAUGUUUAGAUAUUAUAGGGAGAAGUUACUUGUUAAUCACUUGUGGGAGUUAAAUGGUCAAAGGGGCAUCUCAGAGCGAGGGGCUUAAAAGGGGAGGGAGCAAUCAGAACGUUUUCGGUACUCGCUCGUUGUGUUUGUAAUCAGUCACAGGAAAAAAUGUACUUUGUUAUAGUAGAUAGUUUUAACACUUCACCCAUAUAUUCUAAAUUCAUCAGUUGUUUAUUUGUUGUAUGAUUUCUUGGCUGCAGUUACACUAAAGUGGUGGCGAAGGGAAUGAAAAAGGCAGAAAUGAUAUUAAAGGUAAUGGAUUGGACGACACCACCUGGUUGGAGACCUUUUUCUUCUGUUCUCUUGUACCCUCUUGUUGAAGAAAAGCACAAGGGGAUUACCUCUUUCACUUAGCCAGGACAGAAGCUUUUUCAGAUUUCUCAUAUAGCUUAAGUAAUAGGAUUUCAAUAAGUGUAUCUGUCUUGAACAGUUUUUUUUUUCCAGCGGAAACGUCUUCCCUCGAAAACCUCCCAUAUCAGAUUAGCAGCUGAGCCCUCAUAUCAAUUAGAGGAUUAUAAGUUGAUCUAAUUCCAAAUUCUCCAAACUAACAUCAUAAGAAUUGUAUGGCAGACAGUAAGGAGAAUUACUAAUGAGAUAUUGGGAGUGAAAGAGUGAAAAUCGCCAUUAAUGUACCUAAACCUACUUCAAUCACUUUGUUUUUCGUUGUAGGUCGUUAUGUCUCCUCACGAUCCCGCGGUUGGAUUUGUGGACAAUUACAUAAAGUUACUUGCUGAUACAGAUACUUCUAACUUCCAAAAACUACUGGACAUGAAGGUGAGAACAAUUGAACUGAUACCUUAUGGCCUUUUCACUGUGAUGUUUACUAUAAACAUGAUAUCACCAGUUUUAUAUCGUAAGUUAACAUCAUCAUACAAAUUUGUAAAUUGAUUUCUACUGCAUGAACCUCCGUCAUGAAAAUUGUUAUUAGCCGCAGCAAAUACUAAUAACAAAAAGCAAACAAUAGUAACAACGCCAUAGUUUACAAUGGUUACUGUCGUUCCUGUAGCAGAAGUCGUAGUGUUUUCUUUGCACCGACAUCGUAAUGUAACGUACUAUAAGUUGCUUAGGUAAGAAGAUAUGGACGCACGUCCGAAACCACUGUUGAUUUGCUUCGCGUCAUAUGUCGUCCUUACCAGUAUGUUUCCCUUUUUCGGCCACUUUUCGUGUAGAGCUUUCAAAGUCGUGCUGUCCAAUGGUUCUCUGCACCGUUAACGGUUUUUUUUGUGCUCUCAUCGCUUGAUGUUUAAGUCGCACUUCAUACAAUGGUUUAAAUAUCUCUUUCCGUAAACAGCCGUAAAAGAGGUCGUGAAGCGAAACCCAAACUUGGGUGGCGGCGGUAGACCGACAGUAAACUUGCUUUUAUGGAAACCCCAGCUUUAAUAAUUCAAAAAACAAAACAAAACAAAACAAGACAAAAAAAAGAACAACACGCAGAGUUUUAUUUUAGGCGAACGUCGUGUUUAAGUGUUUGCCGUGGGAUAAACAUUCAUUUCGAAAACUGUCAAGGCAAGUAUAUUCAGCUAGCUAAAUUUUUUUUCGUAGUAAUUGUUAUGUACCAACUCUCUCUCCAGGGUUUAAAGCGGAGCGAACAACACAGCAUGCUGGACCUAUUUCGCUCUCGUCUACCCUCCCCUCCGGCAGGUAGUGCGCCUGGAGAGUCUGCGGCUGUUUCUUCUCACACCGCAACCGAGCAGGAGUCAAGUAGAAUAAAAAAACUAGAGAGACUGAUAAAAAAACCGUUUUAGACCAACACGGUUUUUCAUUUCUUCACUGAAGAAAAAUACGCACUGAAGAAAAAUACGCGCAGGCUACGCGCUUUUGACGCUUCGGUCAAACAAACUCAGUUGGCAUAUAAAAUGUGGGUUUCUUUCUUUUCAUUUAUAACGAAAUCAACAA